GAUGCUAUGCUUUUGCACCAGGUCGCGCAGUGUUACCCGGAAGAGAUGAAAGACUUUCCCGAGGAACUGAAGAGCAUGCUGCAGCGUCACAACACGACACUGCACCCGGAGAUGCGUGUCGUGCUCUGCCGCGCCCUCAUUCUCCUGCGCAACAAGGGUCUCGUCAGUCCGCUCAGCGUGCUCUCGUUGUUCUUUGAGCUGCUGCGCUGCCGCGACAAGCCGCUGCGGCGGAUGCUAUACACGCACAUCGUCGCUGACAUCCGCAACGUCAACGCGCGCGCACGCAACAACGCCGUCAACACCACGCUGCAGGCGUUCAUGUACUCGAUGCUGCGCGACUCCAGCGCCGCCGCCGCAAAGACGUCGCUCGACGCGAUGGCGGAGCUGUACCGGCGCGACGUGUGGCGCGACGCGCGCACUGUUAAUGUCAUGGCGACGGCGUGCUUCUCCAAGGUCACCAAGGUGCUCGUCGGCGCACUGCAGUUCUUCCUCGGCCGCGACGACGCCGACGGUGGCGCCCCCGCGACGGACAGCGAUGAUGACAGUGGCACGGAUGACGAGCGCAAGACGGAAUCGCAGAUGGCGGUCGCCUUCCGCGUCGGCAAGAAGACGAAGAAGCGGACGAAGCGGUAUGAGCGCGCGAAAGCCGCUGCGCGCAAGUCGAAGAAGGCGAAGAGGGCGCCGGCGUUUGACUUCUCGGCACUGCGGCUGCUGCACGACCCGCAGGGGUUCGCCGAGCGGCUCUUCCGUCAGCUCGAGUCGUCGACGGAGCGCUUCGAGGUGCGCCUGAUGAUGCUCGGCCUCAUCGCGAAACUCGUGGGUCUGCACGAGCUGAUCCUGCUCAACCUGUACCCGUACCUGCAGCGCUUCAUGCAGCCGCACCAGCGCGACGUCACAAAGAUCCUGCUGUACGCGGCGUGGUCGGCGCACAUGCUCGUGCCGCCGGACGUCGCCGCCGCGCUCGUGCGAACGCUCGUCGACAACUUCGUGACGGAGCGCAACUCGGGCGAGGUGAUGGCGGUCGGGCUGAACGCCGUGCGCGAGGUGUGCGCGCGCUGCCCCCUGGCGAUGGACGCCGACCUGCUGCAGGACCUCGCGUGCUACAAGACGCACCGCAACAAGAGCGUGCUGAUGGGCGCGCGCUCGCUCAUACAGCUCUACCGCGAGGUCGACCCGACGAUGCUGCACCGGCGCGACCGCGGCCGCCCGACGGAGGCGUCGGCCGAGGCGCGCACGGCCGCGUACGGAGAACUGGACACUCUCGACCAUGUCCCCGGUGCGGAGGUCAUCACAGAUGUUGCAGGGGGCCGCAUGGAGGUUGCCGGGGGUCGCACGGAGGUCGCCAAGGGUCGCACGGAGGUCGCCGUUGGUCGCGGCAGCAAUGAGGUGGAGGCGGAGGAGUGGGAGGAGGAGGAGAUGGAUGAUGGUGAUGUGGAUGGGAGUGAGGAUGGAUGGAUCGACGUGCAUCACUCGUCUGACGAAGAAAAGGAGGAGGAGAGCGAGGAGCUACGUGGCAUGAGCGCGGACGAGCGGAGGCGCCGCGCCGCCGCCGUCUCGCGCGACUGCAUCCUCACGCAGGACGACUUUGAGAAGAUCCGGCGGCAGCAGCUUAGCAAGCGCCUCGAACCGCUCGUGAAGAAUCGUAAGCACGCGCAGCCGGCGACGGUGACGCGGGAGCGUGGGGAGAUGGCCGGGCUCGGCGACAUCGAGCGCGUGCACAAGCGGCGGCGCCACGACAAAGACUCGCGUCUUGCGACGGUGCUCGCCGGGCGCGCGGAUCGCGAGACGCCCGGCCGCAUCGCGCGUCCGCAGAAGAUGAACGCACACGCGAGCACGACGAACGCACAGAAGAGGAAAACGAAGCCAUUCAUGAUGAUCAAGCAGAAGAUGCGAGGCAAGGGCAAGCGGUCGUUCCGCGACAAGCAGACGUCACUUAGAGACUCACUGCUGAAGAGAAAACGAAUCAAGUGAUGAGAGAGAAGUGUAGUGAAGGGAAGUGGCUGAGGGACUCAAUGCUGAAGAGGAAAUCACUCGGGUGAUGAGAGAAAAGGUCUAGAGAAAGGGGAAAUGCUGAGAGAUUCUCUGCUGAUGAGGAAACACGAGAGAGAUGAUCAAAGGGGAGGGGUGGUGCUCAUUCCACAACAAGAAGGUGUUGUUGAGGGACUUUCUACAGAGGAGGAAACCAACCAUUUGAUGAGAGGAUAUUUCAAUUUAGCCUCCUCCACAGAGGAAGAAGAGACAGCAAAGGGGAAGCAGUGCCACUGCAUCGUUCGUUGCUGCAGAGGAAAUGAAUUAAGUGACCGAGCGUGAUGUCAUCGAUGAAGGAGAAGUUGUUGAGAGGUUAACUGCUGUAGUUGAAAUGAAUCAUGUUGUGAAAAACAGCAAGCCUACAGUGCAUGACGGAGCGGUCGGUCAUUCAGAGAGAAAUGAAGGAUUCAGCAUUUAAUUAUAAAAGUAGCAAAGGUCCUCACCAUUUAAACUUGUUCGAGACCCGUUUUAAACGUGUUGCCUGCAUGGUGAACAUCAGCCAUAAUGACUAGAGUUGAGAAAAAGGAACGUGUCGAUUGUAUAGAAAAAUGGUUGAACGUUUCUAUCAAUGGCAUUUCGUUAGAAUUAUUUGCAGUUUCAUGUACGCGUGUGUGUUGGUUUGCAAUUUUUGCAUUCAUUUUCAGACUAGUUCUGUUGUUAUGGAUAUUUUUUUUGUAAGAAAUCCUACGUGAACGUCAUCUAGUGUUGACUAGUGUUUGGAUAUAUAGACAUUGAUGCAAUGUGAAUGGCGUACAUAAUGCUUGUAAUAUUAAAUAACGAUAAAACAAACAAUACACACAGGUAACUUGUGUUUCAACAGA